GCCCGGCCAGCACCAAACAUGGCGGAGUCGGUGCUGGAAGUCGUGGGCCGGCUGCAGGCGCGGCUGGCGGGCAGCGCCGAGCCCAAGAAGCUGCUGAAAAGUCUGAAGAGGCUCUCAGAGCUGCCCAUCACAGUUGACAUUCUCGUGGAGACGGGUAUUGGGAAGACCGUGAACAGCCUUCGGAAGCACGAGCUCGUGGGAGACUUUGCCAAGGACCUCGUGGCCAGGUGGAAGAAGCUGGUGCCAGUGGCCCAAGAGGCAGAGCGGAAUAACCUGGACUCCGAAGACCGUGACUACGAGAGGAGCAGCUCAAGCAAAAGACAUCAGGAGUCCUCCCUCAGAGAGGAUGAGGAGCCUGACCAGGAUUACUCAGAGCCCUUCCAGCCAUCUUGCAGCCAGUCCUACAGCCCAGAUCAUAGGGAAAAGAAGUCCAAAAGGUAUCCCAGGCCUGAGAGAGCCCACGAGACUUAUGGCUAUAGCAGCCACCAGGGGAAGGGUUGGGGCAGAUCCUCCCCGGUGCUCUCUUCAGAUCAGGAGUACUCGGACUGUGGACAAGCUGUGUCACCUGAGCCGAGUGAGAGCCCUCAGGACAUGGACACAGACCCUUACGCCUCUGAGGAGCAGGAAGAACCCCCAGUAUUCCACCGGAAAGCCAGCAAAGGCCACAGCUUUCAGGAGAAGCUCGUGGGAGGCCGGAACUCCGGCGACUUCUGUGACAAAGGGAACGCGAGUCGAAGCAAAGAGCACAAAUCUCACAAGAAGCAGCGCCUUGAUGGCAGAGGGGAUGAGAGGACCUCUACCUUCAGCCCAGAGAGAUUGCACAAGACCUCCUUUAAAGAGCAGCUCCGAGAAUCCCCCGCGGCAGCGGCCGGCAAGGAGAAGCAGAGGACGUCGGACGGCACCAAGAAGGAGAAGAACCGAGAAAGCAGCACCUCCAAAAAGGAGAAGCUUCACACGUUACCCCCCUUGGAAGAGUCUCUGGACAACCACGUGAAGAAGCAAAAGCAUCGGGACUCUGAAAAGAGCAAACUGGAAAAGCCCAAGCCGAGCCUGGAGACCUCCAACGCGGAGCGGGAGAAGCGGAAAGCUGAGGCCGACUCCUCUAACAGGGUCAAGGAAAAGGGGGGUUCCGGGAGCUUAAAAUCCUCGGAGGGGAAGCGCAAAAUGCCCGACGUGGACAAAAAAUCAGCGGGUUUCUCCUCCAAUUCCGGGGAGGGGGAAGCGGAGGACGAGUUUGAACAGCCCACGAUGUCCUUCGAGUCGUAUCUGAGCUACGACCAGCCCCAGAAAAAGAAAAAGAAAGUGGUCAAAGCCCCGGCUGGCUCAGCUGGGGAGAAGGACCGAGGGCACAGCAAACAGAACGGAUCCAAAGCCAGCACCAACAGCUCCAGCUCGAGUCAGAAAAGUCCAAGCCACAAGAGAACAAGCGAGAAAAAGGCAGAGAAGAAACCCCCAGAGCCUCCUAAACCAAAGAGGAUAAUCUUAGAUGUGGUACCAACGUUACCAGACAUCCCAUUGCCCCCGAUCCAGGCCAACUAUCGUCCUCUUCCCUCCAUCGAGUCCAUUACCUGCUCCCAGACAAAAAGGAAAGCAGUGUCCUCGCCGGUUGAGGAGAGCGAAGCAGGUUUCACGGGCCGACGGUUAAACUCAAAAAUGCAGGUGUACUCGGGCUCCAAAACUGCCUACCUCCCAAAGAUGAUGUCCCUGUACCAGCAGUGCAUCAGGGUCCUCAGCAACAACAUCGACUCAAUCUAUGAAGUGGGUGGUGUCCCUUUCUCCGUGCUGGAGCCGGUGUUGGAGAGAUGCACCCCGGAGCAGCUGUAUCGCAUCGAGGAAUGUAAUCAUGUGCUCAUCGAGGACACGGAUCAGCUGUGGCACAAUCACUGCCUCAGAGAUUUCAAGAAUGAGAAGCCAGAGGAGUUCGAGUCGUGGCGGGAGAUGUACCUGCGGCUGCACGACGCGCGCGAGCAGCGGCUGCUCAUGCUGGCGCGGAACAUCGGCUCGGCCCACGCCAACAAACCCAAAGGGAGAGUGGCCAAAAUGGCAUUUGUGAACUCUGCAGCAAAGCCCCCUCGGGACGUACGAAGGAGACAAGAGAAGUUUGGAACUGGAGGGCCUCUUCUGCCAGAGAAGACCAAAAUCAAACCUGUCCUGUACACAUCCAGCAAAAGCCACACUCGAGCAAGUGACGAGCAGUCCUACGAUGGGCCCAGCACCAGCAGUGCCCACUCUGUCCCAUCUUCAGGGAGCACCUUCUCCUCCUUCGACCCCAGGAAACCCCCAGUGAAGAAAAUUGCACCAAUGAUGGCAAAGACUAUCAAAGCUUUCAAAAACAGGUUCUCUCGGAGAUAAGUUUGCAGUGCUGACCUGGGACUUUCUCUCACGGGGAAGGAGUGGCACUGGAGGGGGAGAAGGUUCCCAAACAGCCCUUACCCUUGGACUCUUCGGAGGCUGCAGCUGCUGGGAGAAGCUUCAAUCUGCACAAGAUGACGGCACAGUAUUUUAUCUUUUAUUCUGGUCCCUUUCUCAGUGUCAAGCCCCCACUUCUUUUCCCCCCUCCCUUCAACAUCCUGUUUCUGGCUUUGGCAUCCAUCGAAAGAAGGGUGUACAGAAUCUCCCGACACAGGAAAAUGUGAAGUCUUGGCACCUGCUGAGAGUGGAAGAUCCAGAGACUUAUUUACUAUUUAACCUCUUAAUAAAUUAUGAAAUGGUUUUAAUUAAUAUUUUGCCCCUCUACCCUGCUGUGUUAUUUAUGUCGCUCCCAGUAGUCUCUCCCCUACCAGUCCAGUCCAAGGGUCAGCCUCUGUGACUUGAGCUGGAAUCCAUCUGUCUGAGUGGAAACUGGGUGUCACGGGAGUCUUUCCUUGUGAUCAGGUACCUGCUGGGCCCAAAGUCUCACCUGGAGGCUCUGGGACAGGUAGGACUGGUGGCCCAUCCACUUUGUCACUCCUUCAGCAAGUGCAUCAAGUCGCGAGGCUUCGCUCCCUGCUCGUGUGUGUUAAUUAAACCUGAGCUCCUGACC